AUGGCAACCGGGACCAAGCUCGAGAAAACUGAACCCAUUCCCACAGGACAGAAGCUGGAAGCUGUCAAUAAAUUGGCCGAGCACAACAUGGCUUCGAGGAAAGGUUCAGGGCAAUCCGAUACAACUCCCAGCAUUCCCUCGAGAGAUGCUAAACCUAGCAUCAAAGAUGUUGAUUUAGCUUCUAACAACAAAGGGAGUGACAUGGAUUCAUAUGGACAGCAUGCUGUGUAUAAUGCACCCACUAGCACUUAUGGCUAUUACUACCCAGGUUAUGGUGGGGCAUUCCCUCAGUUGGAUGAUCAUGGUUAUUUUCAAGCAGAUGGUUCUCAGUUGUCUCUGCAAUCUGACAAUGGCUCUAUGGUGUAUUACAUGCCUGGAUACAAUCCUUAUUCUUCUGGGGCGGUAGUGGGUGUAGAUGGUCAAACUGUUGGUCAACAGCAAUUUUAUCCUGCUUCUGAGUACCUUCAGCAGCCUGUAUCUUAUGGAUCAGAAGCUGUGCCUUUAUAUCAUUGGGAUCCCACUUAUCUCAGUGAUGUCCAGCAUGGAAAUGCUGGAUUCCAGUCUGACAACUACCUUAAUCGAGGUGCUUCUGCUGCAACUCUUCCCAAGUCCCACGGGUUGAACUCUAUGAAAACUAAUGGUACUAUUAGUGGCAAAUACCCUAGGCCUAAUAGUACACAGCCUGCAAGAUCUCUUAACAAGCUCCAGCCCUUGGGGUCUGAUCACUCGGCAGGUUUCUUGAAAGGAUAUAAUAAUGGCGUAGGAAGGUUACCUCCUUUCAGUGGUCCGCAGAAACAUUUGGCAUUUCCUCAGUAUGGUUCACUGAACUACAGACAGAAUGCUAGGUCAUGGAAUGUAAAUGAUGAUAGAAGCAAAUCAAGAUACAACAGAAUACAAAGACAUGGAAGUUUUGAGUCGUCUAAUGAAUUGGCUUGUGGCCCUAGGGGGGCUGCCAGCAGGGGUGGUGGACCUACAGAUCCCACAACGGUCAAGAGUGAAACCUUAAACUCCGCAGCAUCAUUGCUCGGAAGCGACCAGUAUAAUGCAGCCGAUUUCGAAACUGUAUAUGAGAGUGCUAAGUUCUACAUUAUCAAGUCUUAUAGUGAAGAUGACAUUCAUAAGAGUAUCAAGUAUAAUGUCUGGUCGAGUACACCAAAUGGCAAUAAAAAGUUGGAUGCAGCCUUUCGUGAUUCGGAGGAGAAAUCGAGUGAGAGCGGUAAGAAGUGUCCUGUCUUCCUCUUCUUUUCGGUAAAUGGUAGUGGGCAGUUUGUUGGGUUAGCAGAGAUGACUGGGAUGGUGGACUUCAACAAGGACAUGGACUUUUGGCAAGUUGAUAAGUGGAAUGGUUUCUUCCCUUUGAAGUGGCAUAUCAUUAAGGACAUUCCUAACACUCAGCUGAGGCAUAUUGUCCUUGAAAACAAUGAUAACCGGCCCGUUACCUUCAGCAGAGACACUCAGGAGAUUGGACUGAAGCAAGGCCUGGAAAUGCUGACCAUCUUCAAGACAUAUGUGCCAAAAGCGUCGUUGUUAGAUGACUUCAAUUUCUAUGAUGAGCGGGAGAAGGCUCUCCAUGCAAAGAAGGCCAAGCCUGCAACUCUGCGGAUGGAGGUGUAUGAGAAUGAUGGUGGUGAUGUUUCCUCGCUCAUAAAGUCAACCAAGAAUCUGUCUCUCAAUGGCUACAACUCCAAGGAAACUUCAGCAGCCAACCCAUCAGUUGGUUCAGUCCCUGCUGUAGCUGCACCAUAA